AUGCGGGAGUUGGCCAUGACCCAACGAGACUUGGGUACAGUCAAGACUGAGCGCGAUCGCCUCACGGCCCAACUUUCGGAUCUCAAGAGUCAGCACGAUCGGCUUAAGUCUGAGCUCGCCGAUCGAGAUGCCGAUCGUGGCCGAUUCUCCCAGAAAAUAAGUGCAUUGGAGGUAGAGCGCGAUCAGGCACUCCAGUCGAAAAAUUCGCUCUUCGCUCGCUUGACAGAGGUGGUCGCCAGUGUUUCUCCAAGUGUUCUGCCUGCACCUGCCGAGUCUUCCCCGAAGAAUUUUCCACGUCAACCUAAGCGAUCGCAUCCUGCUUCCCUCGUCCAGGGAAUCCCAAGCCAGCGUGCCCGAUAUAUCGGAUCCUCGCCACGUCGAUCGGCUUCUCCCGAUCCGUUUGAUUCAAGAUCGUCAUCGUCGGAAUCAUCUGAGGACAGCGAUCCAAAGGACUCGUCUUCCGAUGAGACCGAUGAUUCCUUGUUGGCGGCGUUGUCGUCAUCUCGUUCGACUGCCCGUCGUAGAAACACGUCGUCCCCUAAGAAACCAUCGUCUACUCCGACCCCUCCACCGGUGAAUGUCGAUUCCUCCAGUCCGGAACAUGAACCUCAAUAA